AUGUCCAGUAAAUGGCAUCACAAUUUUCCGAAAAUUGCCCGAGAGGCUGGCUUUACGAUUCGCGAACUUUCCAUUGGGCACUGUAUAGACUGGAGAUUUGUCGCCUCCAUCGAUCCUUAUAAUAUUGUAAGCGAACGCGAUUACGAAAAACUAGACGAAUUCAUACCUCACAUCUCCGAGGUACCGAUCGGGACGGUGCUUAACAAUCGAAUCCUUGAUCCCGCCAUCGGAAAGUACUUCAUACUUGCUCAGUUUAGCAUUCAAUAUCUACUUUUCUGUAAGCAGUUCCUGGAUGAGACGGUGGUUGAAAUCAGGAGCAGCAUCCAGGAGCUGCAGAGUGAAAACGGUCGUCUGGAAACGAUAAACAAAAAAAAGAAUGAUGAAAUUAUGUUGCUUCAGCGCCGCUUGCAGCGUGCUGAAAGCAUAAGCCACCAGCAUGCUUCGCAAACGACCGUCUUUCCCUGCUCUAAGUGCACCAAAAACUUUAUCAGCUCCGAAUUGCUGAGUGCUCACAUUUUGCGUAAGCAUGCCACCAACGUCCGAGCAUCAGAUGAUUCAACAGACCGAAAGUCUUCAAACACCGACACAAGCCUUAUCAACACGAUCAAGCUGGAACUGGAAGUGAAGCAACUGAAGGAACGAUUGAAUGCCGCUGAAAAGGAUCUCAAUAAUCAACGAUGCUCAAAGGACCAUCGGUGUCGUAGUUGCACGGACGAGCAUAGCAACAACAGCGUUGCACAAGAGGCACCGAGGCCGAAGGUCCAGCUACACAGCAUCGGUAUACAGAGCAAUUUAAAGAAUGAAAAAGAUUUGAACGAAAAAGAAGUUCAAACACAGACCGAUGCUAAUGCUUCCCCUUCACCCUCAUUCCCAACGGAAGCUCCUCGAGUGGAAAAUCUCAUAUCCAAAGCCGAUCUACAGUCGUUUCUCGAAGAACAAAAACAACUAUACGAGAUUUGGAAGACAAGCGAAAGGCAAAGCAUUGAUCGGCAAAUCGAGGCGGUCAAGAAAAACCUUGUGGACGCAAUACAGACGAUAGAUAAAUCGGAGCGAACCACGCCUAUCCCCGCGGCGAGUGAUGAAGGGGUAUGGAAAGAGCGAUACCACGAGCUCGAGAAUAUGUACGAAGCCAGCCAGAAGCAGGCACGCGAUACGAUGGUUUCCUUUGAAAUGGCUUACACGCAGAAAAUAGAGCAGCUCGAAAAUUUACUUUCGACAACUCGCGAGCCAGAGGAGAGGAAAAGUCCUGUAGUGAAUGUUGUAACAAGCCACGUAAAAAAAUCGAUUCAUCUAAAUACGGUCACUCUACCGGAGAUUACUAUAGAAGGGGCCAAGGAUAGAGUCGCGGAUGAAUCGUUGAGUACAGCAACUGUCCCAAAGCAUGCAGACCACUUGCAAACGGACUCUUCUGGUUCAGAUUCUAUCGAAAGUGACGAGGAGCUGCGGCUACUUGAAGCGGCCAAGGCUAGCCGGCUUAAUGCGCAUCCUCUAAACCGUGUCGAUGCGAUCGCGAAGGAUCAUGGUAAUCCUUUAAAAGCACCACAACCUGCCGUUGUUUCCGCCACCGUCUUGUCACUUUUAGUGUCUCCUAAAAAACAAAUCAUGAAUCAAUUUCGAGCUCGUCUCAAAGCGAUCGGAGUUGAUCCCAAAUCAAAGCAACUCUCUGGCGAUGGCCUAAAUGCGGCUUGUGAAGCAUUAGUGCAACGAAGAGAUGCACAAAAGAAAAAACAUAAGAACUUUUUCAUCACUCGUAAUCAGUUGAUUGCUAAGGUAGACCAAAUGGCUCGAUUAAAGCUCGGUGAAAAUCCAUCGGUGCCACCCUCUGACAAAUUGAACGUUAAAAAACGUGAAAACGUAGUCCCCAAGAUGCACAAACCCUCAUCUCCUCCGCCAUUAGCAACACGCAUGACACGCUACUCACCAGUGCUGGAGUUGUUGCCCUCAAAGCAACAGUUGCAGGUACCGCCGGAUAAGGCUGCUAACCAGCCCACCGAUAUGAAUGUCUUUAAGAGUAAAUCGGCCAUAACGACAUCACCAGCAAGCGGGCGGCCAGUAAUUAAACUUUCUGGAGAUGAUGUCAUUACAGUACACGCCGAAAUAACGCCUGUGGUCGCGGCAGAAGUUUCUCCCCACAGUCCCAUUCCUCUCAAGCGGGGUUCAAUCUCUUCGCACGAUCAGCACGUCGAGCGCCUACUAGAUACUCCGAUAAAGACGCUCAGCACAAUUGCAUUGUCUACUAGUAAGAAGCUGCAUGCAUCCGAAGCAGACCUGGAGGGAAAUAACUCCGAUAUUAGUGAAAUCCUCGAAACAGUUCCGUUUCAUCCCAAGCCCAUGCCCAAAAAACGCGUGCUCUUUAAUUUAGAUCGCGCGGAUGUUAUAGCCGAUGCUGGCGCUUCUUCCAAUAAACCACAGCCGAUAACCCAGAAGGGAAAACGCACAGAACAGUUGGUGUCUUCGCAAAACGCUAAAGUAGAUGAAGAUUCAGAUUGGAAUAUAAGCAGUUUUGAUGAAGAAAAGUAA